AUGGCGGUGCUGAAAGCACUUGACACGGCGAGGGCACGACCCAUAGCCGAUGUUGAUGCCGAGCAGGAGACUCCCGCCCGAAAUGACGAAGAGUUGAAACGACAAACAUCCCGUCCGCCAUCGACGGCAAGCGACGUCUUCUCCGCGGCCGGCGUGGCGGACGCAACCCUUGACGACCCGUCCGUGCCGUGCCUGACGCUGCGCAUGUGGACCAUCGGGCUGGCCUUUUGCCUCGUCGGCAGCGGUGUCAACACGCUCUACACGUUCCGCUUCCCGUCCGUCAGCCUGUCGCAGUCGGCGAUCCAGUUCCUCGCGUACCCCCUGGGCAAGGCGUGGGAGUACGCCGUGCCGGACUGGGGCGUGACGCUCGCGGGCAGGCGAUAUGGCCUAAACCCGGGGCCGUUUAACCACAAGGAAAAUAUCUUGAUAUACAUGCUCGCGAACCUGAGCUUCCUGACGCGCCUGAGCGCCGACGUCUUGACCGAGCAGCGUGUCUUCUACGGCUACGAGGCGGGCUGGGGCUUCGAGCUGCUCAUGACGCUCGCCACCAUCCUGUUCGGCUUCGCGCUCGCCGGCCUCUCGCGGUCGCUCGUCGUCGAGCCGCCGGAGCUGCUCUGGCCGGGCGUGCUGGGCAACACGGCGCUCAACUCGGCGCUGCACGGGCCCGGACCUCCCAGCCAGCAGACUUCCUCCUCCUCCUCCUCCUUCUCCUCUUCUUCUUCCGAACGCGCGCGCAAGUCGUCGUCGGCCCGGUACAGGUUCUUCCUGUGGACGUUUGCCGCCGGCUUCUGCUGGUAUUGGGUGCCCGACCUGCUCUUCCCCGCGCUGGGAUACUUCACCUGGAUAUGUUGGAUCGCGCCGCGCAACGCCAUCGUCAACCAAGUCUUUGGCAUGAAGAGCGGCAUGGGGCUGCUCCCCCUCACCCUUGACUGGAGCCAGAUUGCGUACAUUGGCUCGCCGCUCGUCGUCCCCACGUGGGCCAUCCUCAACGUCCUCGCGUCCCUCGUCUUCUGGAUAUACAUUGUCACGCCCGCGCUGUAUUACUCCAACACGUGGCUGUCUGGCUACCUCCCGCUGCAGAGCAACGCCAUCUUCGACCGGACGGCCAAGGUGUACAACGUGUCGAGGGUCGUCAACAAGGGCGACGGCUUCACCUUUGACCCGGCCAAGUACGAGGCGUACUCGGAUAUUCGCCUCCCCGUGACGUACGCGCUCAACAAAUUUGGCCUCGCCUUCGCGACGACGGCCUCGCUCGUCUCAUGGACGCUACUUGAGAAGCGGCGCGAGAUCGUCGCCGUGCUGCGCUCAGCCAGCCUCAGGUCCUUCUUUCGCCGCAACGCCGAGGCGCAAGGCGAUAGUAGCAAGGUUAUUCCAGGACGCACGCCGUACGCCGACGUUCCUCUGUGGUGGUACGGGGCAGCCGGCCUGCUCGCAGCGUUCCUGGCCGCCUUCGCCAGCGAAUACUACCCGGUCCAGCUGCGGUGGUACGGCGCGCUGCUGUCCCUCGUCGUGUCCGCCGUCUUCUUCAUCCCCAUCGCCUGGGUCUACGCAACCACAAACACAAAGAUCGGGAUAGAGCUCUUCUGCCGCAUCAUCGCCGGGUAUAUCUGGCAGGGCAAAGUCCUCGCCAACAUAUGGUUCUUCUCCCUCGGCUCCAUCUCGGGCGUCAAGGGGCUGGCCUUUGCGCAGGACCUCAAGCUGGGGAUAUACUGCAACGUACCACUACCUACCACCCACACAUCCUCCCCUUCCUCAUAGACACAAUUCUGCGGAAUCCCCCCAGCCCAUAUGCAUCUCGCUAACUCAAAGUUCAGAUCCCUCCUCGGCAGCUGUUCCUCGUCCAGGCCGUGGGCCUCGUCGUCGGCUCCCUGGGGCAGGUCUCGGUCCUCAACUGGGCUCUCAACCACAUCCCGCAUAUCUGCACCGCCUCGGCCCCCAACGGCUUCACCUGCCCCUUCUCGCGUACGCACUUCAACACGAGCACCGUCUGGGGCGCUCUAGGCCCCCGGCGCUUCUUCGCCCCCGGGGCGCCCUACCGCGCGCUGCUGUGGUUCUUCCUCGUAGGCUUCUCGCUCCCUGUUGCAGUGUAUGCCCUGCGCCGCGCGUUCCCGCGACAGGGGAAAUGGCUGCGCCGCGUGCACGUCCCGCUCUUCCUCGGCGGCCUGGGCUACAUGCCGCCUGCUUCGGGCACAAACUACGGGAGCUGGGCGCUAAUCGGCCUUGUGUUUGGGCUGCUGGUCAAGCGCUGCCACCAGGCAUGGUGGAAAAGGUUCAACUUUGUGCUGAGUGCUUCAUUGGACUGCUCGGUCGCCAUUUCGGGCAUUAUUAUAUUCUUUGCUGUGGUCUACACCGGAGCGUCUCAUAAGCUUUCAUGGUGGGGGACAGAGGUAUAUCAGAAUACAUGCGACUGGAAAGGCUGCCCGUAUUUGACUUUGGCAACCGGAGAAAGGAUGGUUGAGUGAUGCAGAACCGUACACGUUUAGGUUCGGCACGGCAACACGAGAUAUGCCCUUCUCCACCAUCGCGCAUGUUGACGCAUGUAGCAGAGCUCGUCGGGGCUUUUGUCUCGCUCCGAACGUCUGUAGCUGGUUUUCUCGACCAAAAGUUUCAAUUACCUUCGAGGUCAUCGGUGGCAUCGCUGUACGCAAGCAACGGGUUAACAGCAUCCUGAAUGGAAACAGACUGGGGCCGAAGGUGUCUAUGCUCGAGUGUACCGCAUCUCGUCUCGCCAUAUUGGCAUCUGACUGCUGCCAUCAUCUGCAGCCAGGCACCUGGGCCUGUGUCCUCGACUCCCGUUGUCCGUGGCUGUCUUGCAUAUAGAAAUGAAC